AUGUGUUUAUCGAAAUCCAAUAUUGUACCAUCUCUCAAUCCAGGUGCUAUACUCACAUCAAGAAUUUGUAAUUUUUCUACCUACAGCCCCAUGAUGGCAAGAUGGUCCGUCGAAAAGGAACCAGAAACUUUGAAACAACUUCCCGAUCCUACAAAGAUUAUUGAUGAAGCUUUACUUCAUCAAUUAAUGGAGGAAACAAAAGAAAAAGCGCUUGAUCAUGAACACGUGAGAGGAAUUUUGAAACGAGCCCGAGAUCAAGCUCUUCUCAAGUCUCCACUACUCCGAAACAAACAAAAGAAUUCAGCCAACGGUACUUCCACAGAUACUACUGCCAACACUUGUGAAAGUAUUCCAAAAGAUGAAUAUGUUCAAGGAUUGUCACUCGAAGAUACUGCAACCUUAUUGAAUAUUCCAGAAACAGAGACAGAUAUUCUUAAUAGUUUGUAUACAACUGCUCUCUUCAUCAAGGAGCUUAUUUAUGGAAAUCGAAUUGUCUUGUUUGCACCUCUCUACACUAGCAACUAUUGUGUAGGUAGUUGCUUGUAUUGUGGAUAUAGAGGUUCCAACAAGGAAAUGCCACGUUCUUCACUUACAGAUGAACAAGUGAUUCGAGAAGUAGAGGCUUUGGAAAGACAAGGACACAAAAGAAUUCUCAUGCUUUGUGGUGAGAGUCCAAAAUACACAUUUGAAGAUUUCAUAAGACAACUCGUGGUUGCUGCCGAUGUCAAGACAGAACCUCAUGGCGAUAUUAGAAGAAUCAAUGUUGAAAUUCCACAAUUAAGCGUGUCUGAUUUUAGAAGACUCAAGGCCACCAAUAAGGUUGGAACUUAUAUUCUCUUCCAAGAGACAUAUCAUCGUCAAACUCAUAAGGAAAUGCAUCCUUUCGGAACUAAGGGACAAUAUUACGAUCGUUUGCAAACCAUGGAUAAGGCAUUUGUGACUGGCUUGGAUGAUGUUGGUAUUGGAGCCUUAUUUGGAUUGUAUGACUAUAGAUUUGAAGUGUUGGCCAUGUUACAACAUGCAAAUCACUUGAGCGACGUUUGGAAUGCUGGUCCACAUACCAUCUCGGUUCCAAGAUUGAGACCAGCCUCUGGAUCUGAAGUUAGUAUCAACGUGCCACAUCUUGUCAAUGACGAUCAAUUUAAAAAAUUGGUUGCAGUCCUGAGAUGUGCUGUACCCUAUACUGGCAUGAUCUUGUCGACCAGAGAAACUCCUGAAAUUAGAAGAGAAUUGUUGAGAAUUGGUAUUUCACAAAUGUCUGCAGGAUCUAACACUGCUGUUGGAGGCUAUGAAAAGAAAGAAGAUGAACGUGAUGAUUAUUCCAUGGGACAAUUUUCAUUGGGAGAUCACCGACCAACCAAUGAGGUUAUUCGAGAAUUGUUAGAAACAGGAUACAUGCCAAGCUUCUGCACUGCAUGUUAUCGAAUGAAUAGAACUGGUGAAAAAUUCAUGAAAAUUGCCAAGAAGGGUGAUAUUCAAAACAUGUGUCAUCCUAACAGUAUCAUGACUCUUGCAGAGUAUUUACACGAUUAUGCAGAUGAAGAAACACAACAAAUUGGAUGGAGAAGAAUUGAGGAAGAACAAAAGAAUAUUCCUUCUGAGGCCAAACGAAAGAGUCUUAAAAAGAAUUUGGAAAGUAUUGCUCAAGGAGUAAGAGAUAUUUAUUAUUAA